GACGAUCAGCAUGCUGGACAUCAACAGAAGAUCUGGUUAACGAUUUCGGUGAGCCUACCCUGGCGGGAGACAUACAGGUAGCUGGCAUGCUGGUUUAUUUCAUCCUCACUGGUGGGCGGCAUCCGUUUGGGGCCAACCCAUUGGAGGCCGAGGUCAACAUUGUCCGGUCCAGCAGCCAACUUGACCACAUCAGCGAGGAAGCUAACGAUCUAGUGGCCAGCAUGCUUCAGGCAGACCCAGCCUCCAGGCCUAGAGUGGAACAAUGCAUUGAGCACCCGUUUUUCUGGUCAGGAGAAAAGAAAUUCCGACUUAUUUUGAUCGUUGGAUCCGAUGUGCUCACGGAAAUGAAGACAGGAGUGGCUCUUACUGGGACUGGCGCGCCUACAAUGAUGGAAAUACUGACUCUCGUGGACAUAUCUGACGUCAGUCCAAACUGG